AAUGUCACCAAACUCAAAGCUGCCAUGAGCUCUGUAAAUGCAAGUUUAUCACAGAAUAUCUCCAUUGUUCAUCCUGAAUACUUUUUCAUCAUUGGACUUACAGGUAUACCUUAUAGUGGUUAUUACUAUAUAUUCUUAUUUAUAACAUAUUUUAUAUCUGUAAUUGGCAACUCUAUAGUCCUUCUGAUUUUAGCUCUUCAUCGAAGCCUGCACAGUCCAAAGUACAUUAGUGUGUUUAACUUGGCCUUGGCUGAUAUUGGUGAAACUAAUGCACUGAUUCCUAACAUGAUGAAGACUUUUCUGCUCGACUCACAGCACAUCUCCUUCAAUGCUUGUUUGGCAAACAUGUUUUUUGUUCACUUCUUUAGUACUAUGCAGAGUCAUACUCUUGUAGUUCUGGCAUAUGAUCGCUUCAUUGCAAUUUGCUUGCCAUUAAGAUAUCAUGCAAUUGUUAACAAUACCAGUGUGGUUUUGGUUUUCUCAGCAAUUUGGGCAUUUAAUUCUUCUGUGGUGGCCUUGAUGGUGUCUUCGAUCACCCGGCUUUCUUUCUGUGAAUCUAAUGUGAUUCAGAGUUACUUUUGUGAUCAUGGGCCAAUGUAUAGGUUGGCAUGUAAUGACAAUAGCAUUAAUAGGAUUAUGGCAUUUCUCAUCACAACUUUAUACCUUGUAGUACCAUUAAUUAUUAUAGUCCUGUCAUAUCUGGGCAUUUUUCUUGCUUUAAGCAAAAUUACAACCUGGCAAGGACGUUUAAAAGCGCUGAAGACCUGUGUCUCUCAUUUGUUGUUAGUAGGGGUUUAUUUCCUCCCCAUAUGCUGCUCAUACAUUGCUGCAUGGUUGGUUUCUCUCACGCCCAAUGCAAGGAUCAUCAGUACGUCUCUGGCAUAUGCUGUUCCACCAAUGUUAAAUCCCAUAAUUUAUGUAUUAAAUACAUCUGAAAUCAAAGACAUAAUCCGGAAAGUGGUUAAAAACAGAUCUGAACCAAUUAGAGAGAACAUUUCAAAAUGAC